CAAACGAAGAACAAAAAUGGCGACGACUGGAGUUCUUCCUUUCGUCCGAGGAAUUGAUUUAACUCGAAAUGACUUCAAGAAUUACCAAUUCCCCAGCAUGUUGGAGAAUAUGACUGGACUGAGAUGGCUGCGACUGAGCAGGACUCAGCUCUCAGAGUUUCCUACAGAGUUGGAAAACCUUCAGAAACUGGAGGACCUGACUCUAAUCCACAAUGACAUCAGUAACCUGGGUGAUGGGAUCCUCAAACUCACUGCACUGUCCAAGUUGAACUGCCGCUACAACAAGCUUUCUGACGCGGGUAUUCCUAAAGGCUUGUUCUGUAUGGAGGACCUGUCAGUGGUGGAUUUGAGUCACAACCAGUUGAAAGAGGUUCCACCAGAGCUGGAGAAUUCGACAUCUGUACUAGUGCUAAAUCUUAGUUACAACGAGAUUGAAAUGAUUCCGAAUCAACUCUUUAUUAACUUAACUGACCUGACCUUUGUUGACCUGAGUAACAACAACCUGGAAACCCUCCCACCUCAGAUGCGACGUCUAACUAACUUGCAGACACUGAUUCUCAGCAACAAUCCUUUGAUACAUGCACAGCUUCGACAGCUUCCAGCCCUUACUGCCUUGCAGACGCUUCAGAUGAGAAACACACAGCGCACGCUUGCCAACUUCCCAACUGGACUUGACACUCUGACUAACUUACAAGAUGUUGAUCUGUCACACAAUGAUCUUCCCCGGGUGCCAGAAGCUCUCUACAAACUGAUAUCUUUGAAGAGACUCAAUCUCAGCAACAAUUGUAUACAAGAGUUAUCUCUCAUGAUAGAUGUUUGGGUUAAUCUGGAGACGUUGAAUCUUUCGAGGAACAAACUAAUCUGUCUUCCUAUGUCACUUCACAAGCUAGUAUCACUGAAAAAGUUGUAUGUGAACUGUAACCAGCUGGAUUUUGAAGGCAUUCCGGCAAACAUUGGUAAACUGCAUAAUCUGGAAGUUUUCAGUGCUGCUCAAAACAACCUUGAAAUGAUACCAGAAGGGUUGUGCAGAUGUGGAAAACUGAAGAAGUUAAUUCUUAUAAACAAUCGACUUGUGACACUUCCGAACAUUCUUCAUCUGUUACCAGAACUAGAGACGCUGGAUGUGCGGGAGAAUCCGGACCUAGUGAUGCCACCAAAACCAGUAGAGCUGAAGAAAGACUUGGCAUACUACAACAUUGACUUCUCACUCAACACACAGCUCAGACUGGCUGGGGCAGCGCCGGCACCCUCCAGCGAAGAGCAGCCUUCACGUCAUAAGAGUGACCCAAUUGCUAGAAAACUUCGACUACGCAGGCGGCGGGAUGGACAGGAAAGUGAGAAGGUUUUAAAGGGUAUGCGUGAUGUUGCUAAGGACAAAGCAGAGGGAAAAGACAGUCAAGACCUCGACUCAAAAGAACCUUUGAAACCAAAACGGUGGGAUGAACAUUUGAUGCGGCCUCAGCUGGAUUACAGUCAGAUCUAUGAUGAAGAUGUAGGUCAGAUACCAGGACUGUCUUGCUGGGAGAUUGAGAACUUUCUACCAAAUAUUGUGGAAGAAGCUUUAAUUGGCAAGUUCUAUGAAGCUGACUGCUACAUUAUCCUCAAGACCUUCAUAGAUUCCAGCAACAGCCUCAAUUGGAGGCUUUGGUACUGGAUCGGAUCACAGGCAACGAUUGACAAGAAGGCAUGUUCUGCAAUCCAUGCUGUAAAUCUUCGAAAUCUGCUGGGAGCCGAAUGUCGGACGAUCCGUGAAGAAAUGCAUGAAGAGAGUGAUGAUUUUCUGGAUCUUUUUCCUAAUGGCAUUUCUUACAUUGAGGGUGGACGAACAUCCAGUGGAUUCUACACAGUUGAAGACGCGGGUUAUGAAACAAGGUUGUACAGAGCAAGUGGGAAGUUAUCGGUGCAUAUGGAAAGGUGCCCAGUGUCAGUGGAUCAGCUGGAUAUUAACUUUGUGUUUAUGAUGGAUGCUGGUUUCAAGAUCUUUAUCUGGGUGGGCAAGAAAGCGAGUGGAGUCACCCGUACCAAAACAAGAUUAAUAGCUGAGAAGAUUAACAAGAAUGAGAGGAAAAACAGAGCAGAGAUAUUCAUGAUAGCCCAGAAUCAAGAAUCAGCAGAAUUCUGGCGCCUUAUUGGAGGUCCUCCUGCAGACUUGAGUGUUACGCGAAAAAAGAAAAGAUAUAGAGUUGGGCGGAAUACGAUUGGUAUACUUACCCGGCUUGAGAUUGACUCUGACGAUGGUGGAGGCGCUGAAGACGAGGUUGUGCAUGCUAGGUUUGAGACAGCUCCACCGAGACUCUACAGAGUUGGACUUGGUAAAGGCUAUCUGGAAUUACCACAAGUGGAAAUUCCAAAAGGUCAACUCGUUCAGUCCUUACUUGAUACAAAGUGCGUCUACAUUCUCGACUGCAAGACUGAUGUCUUCGUGUGGAUUGGGAAGAAGUCAACACGACUGAUUCGUGCAGCUGCUUUGAAGCUGUCCCAGGAACUGCACGCAAUGAUUGAACGUCCAGACUUCACGUCAGUCACUCGAUGCUUGGAGGGGGGAGAGCCUCAGAUCUUCAAGACAAAGUUUAUUGGAUGGGAUGACGUGAUUCCUGUUGACUACACACGAACCUCCGAGUCGGUGAUACGGCGAGGAGCUGACUUGAAAGUGAUAAUGGAACGAGACAAGCUGAAGACCGACCUGUCGGCGCUGUUCCUGCCGAGACAGCCGACCAUGACAGAGGAGGAAGCGACACAGCUGUCAUUAGAUUGGAAUGAAGACCUUGAUGGAAUGGAAUCAUUUGUACUUGAAAAUAAGAAGUUUGUCCGACUACCCGAUGAAGAACACGGUAUUUUCCACACUGAGGACUGCUAUGUAUUUCUGUGUCGGUACUGGGUCCCGGUGGAGGUGCCGGAGGGGGAGGAGGAUGACGAGGAUGACGAGCCCCCCGAGGACGACAUCCGCUGUAUCGUCUACUUCUGGCAGGGCCGCGACGCCUCCAACAUGGGCUGGCUCACAUUCACCUUCAGUUUGCAGAAAAAGUUUGAAUCUUUAUUUGGAGACAAAUUGGAAGUGAUGCGACAGCACCAGCAGCAGGAGAAUCUCAAGUUUCUCUCUCACUUCAAGAGAAAGUUCAUCAUUCGUCGUGGUAAACGCAAAAACAAAACCGCAGGCGAGAUCCACAAACGAAGCACUGAGUUUUACCAUUUGAGAGCCAAUGGUAGCCCAAUUGCAACACGCUGUGUCCAGAUUGAGACCGAUGCAAGUUUACUGAAUUCUUGUUUCUGCUACCUUCUAAUGGUUCCAUUCGACAGUGAGGACCUGAAAGGUGUCGUGUACAUCUGGGUGGGCAGCAAAGCAGAUCACAAAGAAGCCAAGUUAGCCGAGGAAAUAGCCUAUCUCAUGUACAAGGAUGAUUAUACGAUACAAAUGAUCAACGAAGAUGAAGAACCAGAGAAUUUCUUCUGGGUUGGGAUUGGAGGCAAGAAACCCCAUGAAAAGGAUGCUGAUUUCAUGGAAGUCUGUAGACUGUUCCGAUGCUCCAAUGAAAAGGGAUAUUUCACUGUUUCAGAAAAGUGUGCAGACUUCUGUCAGGAUGACCUGGCAGAUGAUGAUGUUAUGAUUCUUGAUAAUGGUGAACAGGUGUUCCUCUGGGUAGGCAAGAAGACGAGCGAUGUAGAAAUUAAACUAGCCUUCAAGAGUGCACAGGUCUAUAUUCAGCACCUGCGUGCAAAGAACCCAGGAAAACAACGCAGACUUCUCUUGGCCAUGAAAUACAAAGAACCCAAAAAAUUUACAAAGUGUUUUCAUGGCUGGGGAAAAUUCAAGGAAGUGCCAAAAUAAUAAGCCAAUUGUGAUAUGAUGCACUAAAACUGUGCAAUGUUAUGGACAUAUUAUUUUAUUAACUGUGCAUGUUAGUACUUGUUUUAUUAUCACUAAGUGUGUAGAGCCAGAGACAUUUUAAAUGCCCAUUGAAGCAUUCUUGAUUUUAUUUUAUCUCAUUGUAACUUGGUUUCCAUUGAAAUAUCCAAUUAAGGUUUAAAGUACCAUGUCUUGGGCAUACACCUCAUCUGCAUAGAGGAUCUGCCCAGAAUGGAUCAAUUAUUAGUUGUUAGUGUUGGAGAAAUCGGUGUAAUGACCAUAACAUGCUUUUGAGGCCAUUCAAUGUGUUAAACAUAACUGAGCAGAUUAUGGCUCAGCCACCUGGAUCUGCCAUUUAUAUGGUUGAUUAUUGUGUUCUUAUGAAUAUAUUGUCAUGAGCAUCCACUCAGUAUUUAAAUACUUUGUUUAAGAAAUCAUCAUGGUACAUGUACUUGGUAUAUAAAAGUGUAGAAAUCUAUGAACAUGAACAAUAACAUCACUUGGCAUAGCCUGGGUUGGAGUCUAAUCACACCUGGUUUUUUUAUUUCACUGUCUCUUAUAUUUUCAUUUUUCCUUUGCCUCAUAACACUGUACAUAACUUAUGAUUGCGUCCCCCCUCCUCUCAAUUUUUUUUUUUUAAAAUGGGUGAUCUUCCCAAUAUAAAAUUGUGACUACACCAAUGAAUAAAAUAAAAAAUUCUAACAUGUUGAAACCACAGUUAUUAUUUGAUGAGAUUGAAGUGAGUGUGAGUGACUGACUGAAUGAGUGAGUAAAUAAUAAUGGGGGGUGUUGAUGCCAUGAGAUCAUGAGUUACUACAUUGAAAUUUGUAUUGUACGGCAAAAAUUUUCCUUUAUCUUGAGUAUCAUAUAAAAUCUUUCUUUAAUACACUAACACAUAAACAAGUGAAACACACACUGAACACAACUAAUUGACUUGGUCACUGCAGAUUCUAGGUUCUCGAUUUGUGAUGAAGGUUUCAUAGAAUUGCUAGUGAUCAUUAACUGUCUUUUGUCAUGAUUCUUUAACAGUUACCGUGUAUUCCUAUUACAGUUUUAAAAUGACAGUUUAAUACAAGUUCCCCCUGAGGAAGAUGGCUACUACUAAAACAUUGGAAGAAAUUGUAAUGGGAAGAGUGACUGUGGUUUAAAAAUAUUUCUUCUGUUUUGGCUAAAAGGUGACUUCCAUGAUACAUGGUGAUAUUUCUUGAAGAGUAGACCUGUUGCAUGGUGUAUUAAUUAACUAUCCUAUUUGUCCUGUGACUGGUCUGUCCUCCGCAAUUACAUGUAGCUCACUUGUGUGCUUGUUUUGUCUGCCAGUAAAAUUGGAAACAAUUUUAUUAAAAUAUUUGUGGAAAGGCAUUUUGAUGAAGAGUUUUCCUUGUUUGAAAUUUGUUUUAUUUAUAGACUUUAAUUCCAAAUGUGAUAAAUAAAUACCCAAACUGUAUAUAUUUGCAAGUUUAUAAGAAUGGAUUUAAAGACUCGUUUUGUGAAUCUCAGUUUUGUAAGUAGUUAUUGUGGUUUGUUUUAUCGGUGCAGUUCACAUUUCGUAAAGAAAUGUUUUCAGAUUUGUUUGUAUGCAUUUCCUCUCCAAUGUUACAAGCAACACACUUCCUGUCAGAGUUGUUGCUGCAGCAUAAGGCUGUUCAAUGCUUGCUUGUUUUGUUUAUGAAUAUCUUACUCUGUUGAAAAUAUGUAGCCUAAAUGGAUCAUUUAGAGUGACAAUGCAUAUACUCUUGUACAAAAUAUACAUAUCAUUUGUGCAAUCAAAAAUAUCUAAUAUAAAAAUAUACUAUGAUUGAGUGAAUGAUUCAUUCUAAUUGAACAGGCAAUUGAAUUUAUAACAAGGGAAAUAGAAACACUAUCUGGCACUGUGACCAGAAUGUUAUUUUACUAGGGUUGUAUAAAUAAUCACAUAUGGGUUUUAGGAUUGAAAGAAGGCACUAGAACAGGGCGGUAUACUGUAUAUACUGUUUGGUAUCGGUAUCAUGUCAAUACCGAUUUUGCUGUACCAAGCAAAUUUCAAAAUAUUGAAAUUUCGGUAUUGAAACAUGUUAUCUGCCAUUUAGUAAAGUACUAACAAUAUAUCUGACAAACACAAAAUAGCUCCAAAGAAGAGAGAAAUGUGGGCCUUGUGUAUGAAAUUUAAUUUAAUUUAGAUGAAAUUGGCGGGUGAGACUUAACUCAGGCAUGCAUAUAAAUCUGAAUAUACCAAUGCUCAAUAUCGGUAUCGGUAUUGUAUCAAUACCGAAUACCUUAUCAAUACCGAGGUAAAUCGCCCCAAAAAUACCAAUACCAAUACCGGACCUGAAAUAUCAAUACCGCCCAGCUCUAGAAGGCACAUAAAUUCAUAAUAUAGAAUUGCUUUUAUAUUUAAGCCAAGAUCACAUUAGACAAUGCAACUCAACUUGACUGUCGCAUUGCAAGCCACGACCCGUUUACACUAUAUGACGCCCGGUGUCUGUGACCAAACAUGUAUGGUCGUGUCCGAUGCAAUUGGGCUGACUAAAAUCGACAGUUACGAUUGACAGUUAAGUUGUGUUAUGUCGUUUGAUGUGAUCUAAGCUUUAGCUGUCUUUGAUAAUACUAGAAACUUAAUAUAAUUCCCAUAUUUACAAACAUGUAUAAUUGACACAAUAUAUUUUUUAACAGUUAUGGUUACACACCACCAUUAAUUACUCCAUGCAGUUCAAUACAAUUUCUAUAUCAGAAUAUAUUCGGUGAAAAAUACAACACUGUUGAGAGGGUCAUGUGACUACCAAUUUUAGGGAGUGCUCUCAACUGGCAUGUACUGUGUAAAAAAGCAACAUACAUGUAAGUUGACCACAAUUAAUGGCCCCUAUACCAGAUCACCGUCUCGUGUUGCUGUUAUACAAGUGGCACCAUACCACUUACACAGUUGUUAUCAGUUAGUACUACAUACAACAAAUUACUUAAAACCAAUGGGUUAUUUAAAUACUACAGAGGUCAACCUACAUGUAAACAUCAAAGGAAGAUUUCAAAAAGCAUAUCAGAAUUUUGUAGUAUUUGUUUUAUGAGGAACUAUUUCCUAAACCAGUCUAUUUUAAGCUGCUACAGCAAGUAACGAAACGACUUGUGGUGGUGUGGUGCCGUAAUACAAGAAUCAAUGUUCCUAAGUUUGUUGUCUGCAGUUUUCCAAGUCAUUGAUAAUAAACCAGAUAAAUAAA